AUGGGGAACUGGGAGGUGGGUGAGGAACUGGCAGGCGGGGUGUCUGCAGCGGGCCAUGCUGGAAACGCCUGGCUAAAUGGGGCCCCGGUCUCGGUGACUCUGUGCCAAGGGGGGACCUUGGUGCCUGGUCCGGCCGGGCACUGGGACCCAGCAGACUCCGGAGCCGGGGCUGGGCUCCUGCUCUCGGCCGGGGGCUCUGCUGGGUCCCGGUGCCCCGGCCCGGCUCCGGCUGCUGGGAGCGGGCCUGGCAGCGCAGUUUCCUGCCGGGCGCAGAGCGCAGCGCGCCCGCCCCGUGCGCCCAGCUGCGGGGAUGAGAACGAGAAGCAGCGAUGGCCGGCUAGGCGAACGGAGUGCCGACACAGCCGCCAGAUGGAGCCAGCCCAGCGGAGGGAGUGGGACGGCGUGCAGGGGGGCAGCCCGCCCUCGCAGAUGGCAGAGGGAGGCGAGGGCCACCCGGGCAGCCAAGCCCGGCAGGACCUGGAGGUGACGGGGAUCUGGCCGGCUAGCGUCCGCUACGCCCAGCCCACGCCCAAGUGGGGCGAGGCUGCAGCCCGGGGCAGGCGGCCGGAGGGCCCGGGGGUGUCGUGGGCCCAGCCGGAGCCUCCCAAGCCAGGCCCGAGGGCAACGUGGGGUCCCAAGCUGCACUCGGCUUUGACGGAGUGGCCCCGGGGUGGGGACCCCCCUCGAGCCCCGCCCCCGAAGCCGAGAGGCCCCUACCGCAGCCGGCUGGCCGGCCCCGGCUGGCUCCUCCCCCCAGAGGCAGCAGGAGCGGGCAUCCCACCGUCGCCUCCUGAGUGCCAACCGGAGGACAACCUGCUGCUGAUCGACGCCCAGGGCGUGCCCUACACAGUAUCCCGGCGGGACUUGGAGGCGGGGCCGGCCCCAGCCCCCCGGCGGGCGCACUGCUGCUCCGUGUGCCGACGGGCCUUUCUGUACCUCUCGGACCUGGAGCGGCACCGCAUCAGCCACUCGGAGCACAAGCCCCACCUGUGCCGGGCCUGUGGCAAGGCCUUCAAGCGGGCCUCCCACCUCCAGCGGCACCGGCACAUCCACACUGGCGAGCGCCCCUUCCGCUGCGCCGUCUGCCAGAAGGGCUUCCGGGAGUCGGGCGAGCUGCUGCGGCACCAGCGGGUGCACACGGGCGAGAAGCCCUACCAGUGCCCGCUCUGCCGUCUGCGCUUCACCGAGCGCAACACCCUCCGGCGACACGCCAAGCGCAAACACGCCCGCGAAGCCUGCUACCAGGGCGCCGGGCCGGGCGCCUGGACUGAUGGGGGCGAGGGCCAGCCCGGGUGGGCAGGGGAGGGCAGCCAGGAGGUGGGGAGCCCCUGA